GAGAAUCAAAUGCCCACAACGCAAAGUAAAGACACCCCUUCUGGCAUCUGGCUUCUUCCACAAAAGUCAUCAUCUUAAUUUGUCGUUCCUGACAGACAUUAAUGACCAUGAGCUAACCCGGCCCCUUUGGAAGUUCUCUGAAUGGCUGAAUCCCAAGCUGUGUCAAGCUUCGAAGUAGUCCACUACUCCACUUCUUCCCAUGGAUUUCAGAGACCCCUGCAGAUUCUUUUUUGUGAAAAGAGACCUUGAGAUUCACUGAUCAUCUAUAAAUAAAUCAGUGAAGAUUCACACCCAUUAUUGGUUCUUAUUGAGAAAAAGAAAUCUGCAUUCAUGGGUUCAAUGGGCGAAGUGGGUGAUGGCAUCCAACCCAGAAGCUAUUGGAGAUGGAGCAAACAGGAUUUCUUCCCUGAACAGUCUUUCGAGAGCUGGAACAGCUACAGAUCGGCACUCUCACAAACGUGUUUCAGAUUCAAGGACCGUCUCCUCAGCCGAUCUGAUGAUGCCAAUGAACUGGGAGAGCUUCGGAAACAAAGCGAGAAUGAGAUGAAACGUUGCCUCAACUGGUGGGAUCUUAUCUGGUUUGGGUUUGGGUCAGUGAUUGGAGCUGGUAUCUUCGUCCUAACAGGCCAGGAAGCCCGUUACCAUGCAGGCCCCGCCAUAGUCUUGUCCUACGUUGCUUCGGGUAUUUCAGCACUGCUCUCUGUCUUCUGCUACACAGAAUUUGCAGUGGAAAUUCCAGUUGCUGGAGGGUCAUUUGCUUACAUGAGAGUGGAAUUGGGAGACUUUGCCGCGUUUAUAGCAGCAGGGAACUUACUUCUGGAGAGCAUCGUCGGUGGUGCAGCAGUUGCCAGAGCUUGGACUUCUUACUUCGCCACGCUUUUGAACCGUCACCCCAACUCAUUAAGAAUUCACACAAAUCUUGCAGAGAACUACAAUCUCCUUGACCCAAUCGCUGUGGUAGUUCUGAUAGCUGCUGCAACGCUUGCCAUGAUCAGCACCAGGAAGACUUCUUACUUCAAUUGGAUUGCAUCUGCAAUAAACACUGUGGUGAUACUGUUUGUGAUAAUUGCAGGCUUCUCCCAUGCCAACACCUCCAACAUGACGCCCCUCCUGCCAUAUGGGGCUAAAGGGAUUUUCCAAGCAGCUGCAAUUGUGUACUUCGCCUAUGGUGGAUUUGACAAUAUUGCCACCAUGGCUGAAGAAACAAGGAACCCAUCAAGAGAUAUCCCACUGGGUCUGCUGGGAUCCAUGUCUAUAAUAACAGUGAUCUAUUGCUUGAUGGCUCUGUCACUGAACAUGAUGCAGAAGUACACAGACAUAGAUCCCAAUGCUGCCUACUCCGUGGCAUUUCAAAGCGUUGGAAUGAAAUGGGCCAAGUAUCUGGUAGCUCUAGGAGCACUCAAGGGGAUGACCACCGUUUUAUUGGUGGGAGCGCUGGGCCAGGCACGCUAUACUACUCAUAUUGCAAGGGCGCACAUGAUACCACCCUGGUUUGCACUGGUUCACCCCAAAACAGGGACACCCAUCAACGCCACUCUCCUCAUCACCAUUGCCAGUGCCUGCAUUGCUUUCUUCUCCAGUUUGGAUGUCUUGGCAAGCUUGUUAUCUGUGAGCACACUCUUCAUUUUCAUGAUGAUGGCAGUUGCCCUACUUGUGAGGAGAUACAAUGUGAGAGGGAUCACUCCUAGAACAAACCUCUUGAAGCUGGUCAUAUUUCUGCUGAUCAUUAUUGCUUCCUCGAUGGGUACUUCAGCUUACUGGGGCUUGAGGCCCAAUGGUUGGCUUGGUUACACAAUCACUGUUCCUUUAUGGAUUCUGGGGACAUUGGGGAUUUCAGUAUUUUUACCUCAGCAGCGGACUCCUAAAGUCUGGGGUGUUCCCCUUGUCCCAUGGCUGCCAUCCUUGUCAAUUGCAAUAAACCUGUUUCUCAUGGGUUCCCUUGGUCCCCAGGCUUUUGAGAGGUUUGGCAUCUGCACCUUUGUUAUGCUUGUUUAUUACUUCUUCUUUGGGGUCCAUGCAACCUAUGACAUGGCCCAGAAAAAUGCAGAGAUGGGAUCACCAUCAAUGCAGAAGGAACAGCAUAAAUCUGAAGUUAGUUGUUGUUGUUAGUCAUUGAAUGCCAAACUCCAUAAUAGUUGGCCUUGCUCUCCUUCUUGGAACAUAGAGAAAUGAACCUCAUGAUCUACUUCCAAUAACUUGUUGUGAACCCCUAAUGUUGUAUACCCAUCAAUUCCACUACUUGUUCAUAUUCAGAAAGCAGGGCUUGUCAUCCUUCCUUCUCUAAAAGGUCCAAUGUCUAAAGUUGACGCAAGUAAUGUUGGCAUAUCUAAAGUUGAGAAAACAUGGUAAAGCGCACCUGAUGGCACUGUCUCUA